GGCGAUCCGCUGAGUAAUAUCGCAAUGGCGCUGGAUUUUGCCUCAAAGGAAGAUGCAAUUCAGUACUGUGAGAAAAAUGAGUUCAGUUACGAAGUGAUCGAGCCAAAUGAGCGCAAAAUCGAGCCGAAAACAUAUGCCGAGAACUUCUCAUGGAACAAACGAACAAGGAUAACGAACAAAUGA